AGAAUCCAGUCACUGGACUGCUCCCUGCCAGUAAGGAACAGAAAGAUGCAUGGGUUCGAGACAACGUGUACAGCAUCCUGGCUGUGUGGGGCCUGGGGAUGGCGUAUAGGAAGAACGCUGACCGGGAUGAGGAUAAAGCCAAAGCCUAUGAACUAGAACAGAGUGUAGUGAAGUUGAUGCGUGGGGUUUUGCACUGCAUGCUCAGACAGGUUGAUAAAGUUGAAAAGUUUAAGCACACUCAGAGUACGAAAGAUUGUCUUCAUGCCAAGUAUAACACCGCUACGUGUAGUACUGUUGUUGGAGAUGACCAAUGGGGACAUCUACAAGUUGAUGCUACCUCACUCUUCCUGCUUUGCCUAGCACAAAUGACGGCUGCAGGUCUUCGUAUUGUGUUUACACUGGAUGAAGUGGCCUUUAUACAGAAUCUUGUAUUUUACAUAGAAGCUGCUUAUAAAGUUGCUGAUUAUGGAAUGUGGGAGAGAGGAGACAAAACAAAUCAAGGAUUUCCUGAGCUCAAUGCUAGCUCUGUGGGAGUGGCCAAAGCUGCUCUUGAAGCUAUUGAUGAACUUGAUCUGUUUGGUGCUCAUGGAGGUCCUAAGUCAGUGAUCCAUGUCCUACCGGAUGAUGUAGAACAUUGUCAGUCUAUUCUGUACUCUAUGUUACCACGAGCAUCCACCUCCAAGGAGAUCGAUGCCGGUCUGCUGUCUAUUAUUUCAUACCCAGCAUUUGCAGUGGAAGAUAUAAACCUGGUGAAUGCGACCAAAAAUGAAAUCCUCACAAAGCUGCAAGGAAGAUAUGGCUGCUGCCGAUUUCUGCGUGACGGAUAUAAAAACGCCAAAAGAGGACCCAACCAGAUUACAUUACGACUCCACAGAACUGAAGCUGUUUGAGAACAUUGAGUGUGAGUGGCCUGUGUUCUGGACAUACUUAGUCAUUGACGGAGUUUUUAAUGGAGACCAUGUUCAGGUGCAGGAAUACAGAGAGGCCCUAGAAGGGGUAAUAAUUCGAGGUAAACAUGGAAUUCACCUGGUGCCUGAACUAUAUGCAGUCCCAUAUGACAAGAUAGACGAGGAGUAUCACAACCCCCAUACAGUUGAUCGCAUUCCCUUGGGAAAGACACCACAUUUAUGGGGACAGUCUCUGUAUAUUCUUGGAUCUCUUCUUGCUGAGGGAUUUUUAGCUCCUGGGGAAAUUGAUCCUCUAAAUAGAAGAUUCUCAACUUCUUUUAAGCCUGAUGUUGUAGUGCAAGUUUCCGUUCUGGCCGAAUCCAGUGAAAUUAAGAAAAUGCUAAAGAAACACGACAUUAAUGUUGAAAGUUUCAAUGAUAUCCGACCAUUCCGAGUGCAGCCUGCAAGAAUUCUGAGUCAUCUUUAUGCCAAAUUGGGCAUUAAUAAGGCCAUGAAACUGAGUGGACGUCCUUACCGCCACAUUGGAGUCCUGGGAACAUCUAAACUGUACACAAUUAGGAAUCAGAUCUUCACUUUCACUCCUCAGUUUACAGACCAGCACCACUUCUACUUGGCUCUGGACAGCAAAAUGGUUGUUGAGAUGCUCCGAACUGAAUUGGCUUACCUGACCUCCUGCUGGAGAAUGACUGGAAGACCGACCCUCACGUUUCCCGUUACCCACUUCAUGCUCAAUGAGGAUGGCUCUGACAUAGACCCUGCUAUUCUUUCAACUAUUAGAAAACUUGAUGAUGGAUAUUUUGGAGGAGCAAGGGUUAAACAGGGGAAAUUGGCCGAUUUUCUUACCACCUCCUUCUUCACUCACCUGAGUUUCCUGGAUGUUGACUGUGAUGAAAAGCUUUUAGAUGGAGAUAGCGAAGGAUAUUAUAGCCCAGACAAUGACUAUGAAUAUGAAUUGGCUGGAUUUCAAGCAGAGCAAACAGAAAAUGAUGAAAUACAAGAUGAACUGGACCAGUACAUAAAUCACUUACAGCAAAGUGUGGCCUCUACCACUCAUUUGCCCCCCAUAGUGGCUAAUUCAUCAAAGCACUAUGCCUUCAGUGCCCUGCACUCCACCCGGGAUAUUCUCUCCAUCAUGGCCAAAUCUAAAGGCCUUGAAGUUCCAAAUUCUUCUUUGUUCCUGCCUGCUAAAAAUCUGAGUGGUCACAGACGCUCUCUGAAUCUUUUAGAAGUUCCGCAAAUGCACAAACCUCAGAAUAAAGAACCAGAGCUAAACUUACCCAGGGACUCACGUGGUAAUGUUGAUUGUCAGAAACUGGUGGAACAACUGAAAGAAUGCCCUACCCUUCAGGACCAGGCAGAUAUACUGUACAUACUCUACGUCAUAAAAGGACUAGAGUGGGAUACCAAUCUGAAUGAACAAUCUGGAGUCACCGUGCACUGCCUGCUGAGUGAACUAUACAGCAAAGCCGGACUUAACCGAGAGUGGGGUCUAAUCCGCUACAUCUCUGGGCUGCUGAAAAAGAGAGUGGAAGUGCUUGCUGAGGCAUGCACUGAUAUCCUGUCACACCAAAAGCAGCUAACAGUGGGGCUUCCCCCUGAACCUCGUGAAAAGACCAUUACAGCGCCUUUACCUCCAGAAGAGCUGGCUGCCUUGGUCUAUGAAGCUAGUGGUCAGGAUAUCAGUAUUGCUGUACUCACACAGGAGAUCAUGCUGUAUCUGGCCAUGUAUGUUCGCUCCCAGCCCAGUCUUUUUGGAGAAAUGCUCAGGCUUCGGAUUGGUCUAAUCAUCCAGGUGAUGGCCACGGAACUUGCCCGCAGCUUAAAUUGUUCAGGUGAAGAAGCCUCAGAAAGUCUGAUGAGUCUUAGUCCUUUUGAUAUGAAGAAUCUUCUUCAUCACAUCUUGAGCGGAAAGGAGUUUGGUGUGGAACGGAGCAUGCGUCCAAUUGAUUCAAGUGCAACCAGCCCGGCUAUUUCAAUCCAUGAAAUGGGACACACAGGAGCCACCAAGACUGAAAGAUCUGGGAUUACUAGGCUACGGAGUGAAAUGAAACAAAGAUGCAGCAGUCCUUCAUCUCCCACUGGAACUUUGUCUCCAACAGCAUCUUGUGGACCUCAGCUUAUAUGGGAUGAUCAUCAAGGCCAGUGGCUAAGAAGGAGAAGACUUGAUGGAGCCAUCAACAGGGUACCAAUGGGCUUUUACCAGAAAGUGUGGAGCCUCCUUCAGAAGUGUCAUGGAUUGUCAAUUGAUGGAUAUGUUCUUCCAUCCUCAAGCACAAGAGAGAUGACUGCUUGUGAAAUAAAGUUUGCUGUCCAUGUGGAGUCUGUCCUCAAUCAUGUUCCACAGCCUGAGUACAGGCAGCUGCUAGUAGAGGCCAUACACGUUCUCACUCUAGUGUCAGACAUGGAAGUGAAUAACAUUGGAGGCAUCAUCCAUGUGGAUCGUAUUGUGCACAUGGCCAGUGAUCUGUUCCUUCAGGACCAGAAAGCUCUUGGAGCUGGAGAUUUUUACCUCGACCAAGAUCCAGCCACAGGGAUCUGCAACUUUUUCUAUGACAGUGCUCCCAGUGGGGCAUUUGGUACAAUGACUUACUUGACCAAAGCUGUGGCCAGUUACCUGCAGGACUUUUUACCCAGUACAAGUUGUAUGAUGCAAUGA